CCCUAUGCCCCACCUGCCCAGCAGAUGGCACCGCCCAGUCCCAGCACCAACAGCAGCAGUAACAGCAGUAGCGUUGGAGGGGAGCAACUGAGUAAAACCAACCUCUACAUCCGUGGGCUUCACCCUGGUACGACUGACCAGGACCUUGUCAUGCUCUGCCAACCGUACGGUAAAAUAGUCUCCACAAAGGCCAUUCUGGACAAGACAACCAACAAGUGCAAAGGCUAUGGGUUUGUGGAUUUCGAUAGUCCUGCUGCUGCACAGAAGGCAGUGUCUGCGUUGAAGUCCAGUGGGGUGCAGGCCCAGAUGGCAAAGCAACAAGAGCAGGAUCCAACGAACCUGUACAUCUCCAACCUGCCACUAACUAUGGAUGAGCAGGAGCUCCAGAACAUGCUGAAACCUUUCGGUCAGGUGAUCUCCACGAGGAUACUGCGGGAUGCCAAUGGUACCAGCCGAGGUGUUGGCUUUGCCAGGAUGGAAUCAACAGAAAAAUGUGAAGCCAUCAUUGCUCACUUCAAUGGGAAAUUCAUUAAGAUGCAGCAAGGAGUUGCAGCUCCCUCAGAACCGCUGCUGUGCAAAUUUGCAGAUGGUGGGCAGAAAAAGCGGCAAAACCAGAACAAGUACUUGCAGAACGGCCGGGCCUGGCCUCGAGAUGGAGAGCCGGGUACAAUGACUCUUACAUAUGACCCAACAACUGCUCUGCAAAAUGAAUUUUAUUCCAGCCCAUACAGUAUUGCUCCAAACAGGAUGAUCGCACAGACAUCUAUCUCACCAUACAUCACUUCUCCUGUGUCUUCAUAUCAGGUCCAUAGCCCAUCCUGGAUGCACCAUCAGUCGUACCUUAUGCAGCCUAUGGGAACAGUAAUAACACCUACGAUGGACCACACCAUGUCUAUCCAGCCCACAUCAAUGAUGGGACCAUUAACCCAACAGCUUAGUCACUUGUCCCUGGGCAGCACAGGAACGGUAAGUGCUGCCUACACUGGUAGUGCUCUGGGAUCAUGGGGAAAAUACAUGCCUGCCACCACAGCAAUACAAGGGACAUACAUUCCUCAGUACAACCCAAUGCCUCCCUCCAACGUAUCUGUCGAGGAACCCAGUGGCCAGCAGCAGCAGGUUGCUAUGGAAACAUCCUCUGAACAUGCAACCUAUUCCUACCAGCACAGCAAGUAAAUCUGAGAUGUGAGAGUGAGAAGAUGAAUGAAUCAGCUCUCCUGAAUCGGUGUGAACCAGAAACCAGACUGCUCUGGAGGGGGUGGGGGGGGGGGAGGGGGGGCGGUGGUGGUCAAAAACAAAGAGAAAUUUUUGCACAAGAUUUGGAAAAAAAACACACAAAAGUUUUUCCUUUUAUUUGUAAGACAUUCAACAAAGAAAAAAAACACAGCUAUUUUGAUAAACUUUCUACUUCAGUUAACCAGACAUACCAAAAUCGGUGGCAGAAUCUGUGGAAAAGAGGUUUAUUUUGAUACGGAAAGAGAGCUUAUUUUUUUGAAAGUGCAACUAUAGCAAAUCAUUAUUUAAGCAUUCUGAAACUGCUCAGAGUAAGAGAGGAGAAGAUUACACAUCAAAUGUCUUUUUAACCGUGAUUAGUUUUUUUUUGUUUUGUAAAAUAUCCAGGUUGAUUUGAGUUCAAACCUUCACUAGGUGAAGUCCAUGACCUUGUACAGUUACAACUUUAACAAUGAAUUGAUUGUCUGUUGCUGCCAUGACGAUGCUGUAGAGAUUAGUGUGGUUUCAAUUUUCUCCUUUUUAACAUCCUCUGUGGGAACACUAACAGAAAAACAAACAGGCAACUUCAAAUUACAGUUUCUCUUCAUCCGUGUUCCGAUCUACACCUCCCCAAGAACCCUCCCUCUCAUUCUCACUUUACUCAGAAAAGGCCUUUGGUGGAAGUGAUUUAGUUCCAGUUGAUGGCCGACUUCAGGUACAGCUUCAAGGAAUGUUCCAAGCAGUCAAAAUCAAAAAGUAGUACAGAACGCAAGGAGACCUUUGACCCAUCAUCUCUAUUCUGGCUUUUUGAAAGAGUGAUUCAAUAACUCUCUGUAUUUCCCUGCAAAUAUUUCCUUCAUUCCUCUUUUGAAAGCGCUGAUUGAACCUGCUUGCCUCCCCCUUUCAGGCAAUGUAUGGACAUAUACAAUAAAAUUCUCCUCAUCUCCCUGCUUCACUCUGAUGCUGUAAAUUGGUGCCUAUGAUUUUGAGAGGGCAAUGCCAAAACUGUUAAAAUAGGCCUGCAGCUUGCACCUUCAUUGAUGCUUUUAGGAUGGGUUUUAUAAACUAGCACAAUAAGUUCAGAGCUGAUCAGAGAAAGAACCAGAGAAAGAGUGAUUUACCAGCCAAAAGUGUUCAUGAUUCAGCUGGAUGCUGUAAGGGGAGAGUUCAGCUGCUAGCGUCAUUUUACAAACGUAACUAUUCUUUGCCAUCAUUGAUUUUAAGGGGAGCUUAAGUGGCUUUGAAUCAAACAGUUCUCCCAAAAGCAUACCUUUGCCAUGUUCCCAUUAGAAGAUUUAAAAAAAACUUGCAUAAAAAAGGAAGGAGAGCAAAGAUAAAACAGCCUGCUUGAUUAGCAACCGAUCCACCAUUUCCAACAUCCACACCCUCAG